AGUCACAUUGGCAAGGCACUGAACUGUAAAGCAUGAUCAGUCUGGGCAGAUGUGUGCAGGGUUGUGACGGAGAGGUUCUGAGGGGAGUGUACAAAAGCUGUAAGAAAGACCAGCACUCUGCAGACAGUACUGCGAGCGAGAGAGAGAGAGAGUUUAUUUACUGCUGUCCAGGAACGUUUCACUGCUUUGAUAAGGAGAGUGGGCAGCAACACUCAUUCAUGGCACCCAGUCGCUUUUUUCCCUUAGAUAUUGCCAGAGUUCCUCCAGCAAUUUUUCUACUUUCACUCAGAUGUCCGGCAAUUCCUUAACUUAUCCUGAUGGUUGGGAAGCUGAUGGAUUUACAAACCGCACUGGUCUUCCAUCCCAUUCUAUUUUACUCUUCAGCGUUGUUCCUCUGCACUCUUGUGGCUUGGUGUUCAUCUAUCCCAACUCCAUGUGCUCCAGGAGGUACAAGCAGGAAUGGACAGUGUGGUGUGGAAGCUGCACGGUCGUAUUCUCCGCAUGCAUGUCCCCAUGGUUCAACUGCAAAGCAAAACCAUGGGAGCCCAAUGUGUAAGUGUGAUGAAGGGUUUUUCUUAUGCCUGAGCGUCAACAAUUGUACAACUGGACGGCCAUAUUGCAAAGAUAAGGACGAAUGCAAGAUGACCAAGACGAAAUGUGGCAGCAAUGCAACCUGUGUGAAUACGAUUGGAAGCUACUGCUGCCAAUUCAAUGGACUAAUGCAGAAUGCCACAAAUAAGGCUUGCUCAAGAUGUGAAAUCGAAUGCUAUUUUUCCAAGAACUCAAUCAAUUCCUAUUUUUCUGAGCAAAUGUGUCUGAACUCAUGUCAAAUGAAGGCUUUAUAUACCAACAUGAGCAGAGAUGUUGAGAGGGCAUCAGAUGAAACCAGCAAAGUUGCAAAGAUCCUGUAUAAUGCCGAACGUAUCCUAAGAUCCCUGGUCGAGAUUCCAUGGAAUGGAAGUGAAGAGCGAAAGUCAACGGCUGAAUUUGAUAUCGUAAUAAGGCACGACAUGAGUCCUGUAGAACCCAUCGUGGUAUCAGCACAUGGGAACUCCAUGCAGAUUGAUCCAGUUAUAUUUAUAGACACGGCAACAGGCAAAAGGAGCAGAAAUCCAGCCAUUGCCUUCAUUGUUCACAAAAACAUGGCAACACUUUUGGGCAAUCAGAGUGCGGUGAGGGAGGAGACUCUGGCUACACCUGAACGAAAGACAGAUGUGCUGAAUUCAGUGAUCAUAACGGCAGCUAUAACCAGCAAGACAAGAGACUUUCCCACCCAUCCCAUCAACUUUACCUUCAGCCAUAUUACGGCCAAUGUGAACAAUUCGAUUAUAAGAUGCGUCUAUUGGACCGGAACUCUGAAUGGAACUCCCUGGUCUACUGAUGGCUGCGAGUUGGUAUUCUCAAAUAAAACCCACACGGUGUGCCAGGCGUUUCACCUCUCCAGCUUCGCCAUCCUAAUGGCAUUGAAGGAUCUCCCACAUGUGUUUGCACUUGAAGUCAUCACUUACGUUGGAUUAAGUGUCUCCCUGGUGUUUCUGUUACUGGCCAUUGUCACCUUUGUCACUUGCCAAUUGGUUAAUGACACGAGACGCACCAUCCACAUUCACCUGUGCGUGUGUUUGCUGGUCGCUGACUUCAUCUUCCUUUUCGGAAUCUCACUAACCGAAAAUCGGAUAUUUUGUGGAAUCAUCGCAGGUGUCCUCCACUAUACCUUUCUCGCAGUCUUUGCUUGGAUGUUCCUGGAAGGGAUCCAACUUUACCUCAUGGUGCAGGUGGUUUUCGUCCCAAAGGUUCCUCUCAAGCGAUACAUGCUUUGGGUUGGCUAUGGGUUUCCAGCUUUGAUUGUCACAAUUUCAGCAGCAAUUAACUAUGAAGGCUAUGGCACCGAAUCAUCGUGUUGGCUUUCGACGAAGAAUUUCCUUCCUUGCAGCUUCUUUGUGCCUGCUCUACUGAUCAGCAUUAUCAAUUUUAUCUUUCUUUGCAAAACAUUAAUGACAUUGAAAAAGAAGCUGUCAGAUGUCAUUUCAGAAAACAGGACACUGGGAAAACAGAGAGUAUUUACAAUGACGGCCUUUGGUCAGUUGGCCAUCCUGGGCUGUACGUGGAUGUUUGGCGGGUUUUAUAUCCAGAAUGCAACCGUUCCGAUGAUGUACAUCUUCACCAUAUUAAACAGCUUCCAGGGCAUGUACAUCUUUAUCAUGCACUGCCUGAUGUAUAAGAAGGUGAGAGACAUGUACGUUCGGUGCUUUAGGAAGUGUUUGGGGAGACCAUACAUAUGGACACCCCUUUCCAACUCCAGCUUAAGGACAUCCAACCAGGGACGGAGAAGCGUCCAGGAGACAGAAUCGACAUCCGGUGCAGUUCAGUGACGUAGUUAUGAACUUGUUGGACUGUAACUUCGUGCUGUACCAUGUGGCUUCAGGUUUUACCAGUUGCUGCCAUACAGACAUCAAUCCCCAGGCAUCUUGGUUUAUAACAGACCGGGGCUACACAGGAACACCUUCUCUCUCUAUUGUAAUUUGGCACUGCUCAUUCUCAAACACUGGGAAGUCCCAAAGAUGGGUAACAAUUUGGGGAAUAUAACAUGGGACUAGCUGCCAAUAGGCAUUCUCCCUGGUUUUUCUAGGUUAACACUUGUUGCUCAUCCAAUAUCUACAAACAAAUUUAGUUCAUUGUUGCUUUAGGGACCUUGUGGUAUACAAAUGGGUUACUGCGUUUCCUUCACUCUGUUGGUGACUGCACUUUGAAAAGUACUUUAUUAGCUGCAAAGCAUUCUGGGGUAUCAUUAGAUUAUCAAAUGCAACUUCUUUCUUUAAAUGAAGUUUAAAAAUUGUCAACAUCUGUACUACGUUAGAAUCUGUAACAUAUAGCUCUGAUUUGCCUCUUUUUUUAAAUGAUAUUUUCACAGUGGAGAUGCUAGUUUUGGAGAUCUGUAGGCACAGAAGGAAUAUGAACAUAAAGAGUCUAUGUGGUGCAUUUAUCUCACCAGGUUAAAGUCUAUCAUUCUGUUGCUGUUAAUUCAGAUUCCCAGGAGAUAAUGGUGUUUUAGACAGAAUGGACAUUAAAGGGCACAUAAUUCUCACAUAUGACCACUGAUUACCCUCGGUCCAGACAGCAUGAUUUCAAAUCCUACCAUGGCAUGUUUGAGAUCUUGAAUUGGGCUUAAUCCAAAAAAAGGCAAUAACCACAAACAUGCCACAAAUUUACGUAAAUUGUCAUAAAAACCUCAACUAGUCCAUUGAAGGCUUCCUCCUCGAAUCCUACCUGUACAUGAAUUCAGAAAACUAACAGUGUGCUGCAUUGAAUGGUCCACCACCAUUCUCUCAGAUCAACUGGAUGUGGCAGCUUCCUAAAGAUGUUCAAAUCUGAGAGUAAAAAAGUUCUUUAUUCCAGCACUUGCUCAGAAAUCUUGACACCAUCCAGGACAAAACAUCUUGCUCCUCAGCACCCCAUCCACCACUGCCAAUAGUCAUUCCCUCCACAACUGAUGCUCAGUAGCAGCAGUGUAUACCACCUGGAGAAUGCACUGCAGCAACUCACUUUUGACAGCUUCCAAAUCCCGCCGCAACUUCCACCUGGAAGGACAAGGGCAUCGGACACAUGGAACCCCCCUCCAAGUUCCCCUCCAAGCCACUCACCAUCCUGAUUUGGAAAUGUCUCACCAUUCCUUUGCUGUCAUGAGAUCAAAAUCCUGGAAUUCACUCCCUGAUUGCACUCAGAGUUGACCUACAGCAUGUGGACUGCAGUGGUUCAAGAAGGCACCAUUUUGUUGAGGAUAAUUAAAGUUAGGCAAACAUGCUGGCCCAGCCAAUAAUGCAGACACUCAAUGAACAGAUAUAUAGAGAAAAGCUCAUGUGGACUGCAAGUGCUAUAGGAACAACUACUCCCCAAUAAUUCACCCAGACAGCCAGUAUAAGCUGAAAGAGGUGAAGAACGUGUGUGGGCUAUUUACUUCUCAAUCCUGAUGCGUCAUUAAGUUCAAUCUUGAUGAGUGGCAGUCUAACUCCAUUUACUCACAUGGGCUCCGUCACACUUACAGAAAGACUGCUCCUUUAGUCAUUAAACUAAAGAGUGUCUUAUAGCGAGUGCCUGAACCUUUCUUCAAGUAACAGUCACAUUUCUAACACUUGUAAUCAAACUGUGUGACAAGAGUUGGGAAUCUGACCAGACCAUGGCCUGAGUUGAUGUAACUCUCUCCAGAAAUGAGAAUUGCUUCAGAGAUGUCUGCUGACCUUUACAUGGAGGACACAGUGCUUAAAGAGGACCAAAAAGACACAUGGAAAGGGAGGGAUAGCAGGGUGUAGUUGUUUAAGUGAAUCAUCGUUGCUUGAAGCUGCUUGAAUCAUUAAUCUAUUACAAUCUGAAAAUAGAGAAAUAAUGGACAAUUUGGCACCGAGACUAAGAAAGGGAGGGAUGAGAAUAAUGGCAGACAGAACAAAUUUGAAAGCAUGGAAAAUAUCAGACAAUUCAAAAUGCUUAGAAAAAUACUUUUGUCUAUCAGUAAUGGCAGGGAAAUCUAAAAGGAAAUUUGAUUGUGUAAAUAUGAAAGAAUCUGGUACUUGUCAAGUAAGAUUAAAUAUUGCUAAGAAUGUAUAUUUGUAUGAUAGAAAAUCUCUAUUAAGAUAUUAACAGUUAUUUCACUGAAAUGCGGAUAAAAUCUGUGCCUCUAGAAUGUAAUAAAUAUAGAUUUCAAUCUAAA